UCUGCGAUUCGGCGGGGUCACAUAUAAGCACAAGCAACUGACUUCGACACCUUGAACCAAUGGGCCAACCGAUAGUGCAACAAAUAGAACAGCCCGACGAAGACCUCGCGGGUACUAGCGGGUGCGGUGAACUCUGCAUGCCUUUGCACGUACACUGCUAGUACGACUGCUACGACUCUUCCGGCGACGGGUGACGAGUGAAAGUUUAGUCCCAAGCAUCUCUGUGACGUUUGCGCCGUAACCUCAAAACAGCUAUGCGAUCUAAAAGAACAAUCGUCUGACACGUCAGCCGCGAGUUGUCGUCGAGGGUUUAUCUGUUUCAUACCAAUAAGCUAGAUAGGUAGGCCGUCGCCUAUCUUCAAAGAUGUCACGAUUGGAUCUAAAGAAUUGGCCAAUAUUUAGUUUACUGGAACCGGAAUUCGUAACCAAGAUACACCUGAUUGUCGUAUACGGUAAUCUGGGGAACGAGGCGUUGAUCGUCACGAGGGAUGACAUGGUAUACGCCCUUGGUAGCAAUACGACCGGCUGCCUGGGUACUGGCGACUCCCACAGCACACUGCAUCCAAGGAAGGUCGAAGCUCUUUGUGAGAAAGGGGUAAAGACCUUCGCUUACGGAAGCGGUCCGCACGUGUUGGCUCUCACCAAUGCUGGGGAGGUUUAUUCCUGGGGGCACAACGGUUACUUUGAAUUGGGAAAUGGAACUUCCAACCAAGGCCUUACCCCAACGAUCGUGAGUCUGCACCCUGGAGGAAAAAUCGUAGUAGACGUUGCUUGCGGCAGCCACCACUCCUUGGCCCUGACCAAUGAAGGAGAGGUGUAUGCCUGGGGUCAGAAUAACUGCGGGCAAGUUGGUAGCGGAAUAAGUUCACACCAGGGAGCCCCACGCAAGGUCAACUCGGGUCUGACCGGAAAAAAGGUUGUGUCCAUUGUCUGUGGCCAAACGUCAAGCAUAGCCGUGACUGAUGGUGGUGAGGUGUACGGGUGGGGUUACAACGGGGUCGGCCAACUCGGAAUAGGAAAUUACGUAAACCAGUUGAAUCCGAUCAAAGUCGCUGCCCUCGCCACGGUGGUUAUCGAAAAAGUCGCAUGCGGUUACGCCCACACCCUUGCUCUGAGCGACGAAGGAACUCUGUACGUCUGGGGCGGUAACAGUUAUGGUCAAUUAGGACUCGGCAAUAAGGCGAAUGCCUCUAGUCCCGUCAAGGUGACCAUGGUAGAGAUGGGGAGAGUAUCAGACAUAGCAGCCGUUCAUUACAACCACAUAAGCGUUGCAGUUGGCCAAGGAGGAUGCGUCUACAUGUGGGGGCAGUGUCGGGGCCAGAGUGUUACCUGGCCGACGCCAACGCGGCUGCUUCAUCCUCAUGACGCCCUCGCCUUUUAUGCCAACCCAAGUGUCAUGCACCGGCCGCUUCUUCUCCAUGCCGAGGAAGAAACCGGGAUACUCGACUGCCUAAGGCAAGCCUUUGACGACGCGACGACGAGUGAUCUAGUGAUACAAGUUCAAGGAAAGGCAAUUCACGUUCACAAAUCGGUACUGAAGAUCCGAUGUCAACACUUCAGAUCCAUGUUCCAGGAACACUGGGCUGAGGACAGUCAAAACAUUGUUCAGCUAGAUCAAUUCUCACAUGCAGUCUAUAAAUCUUUUCUGAGGUACUUGUACACUGACGAGGUCGAUCUACCCGCUGAGAACGCAUUAGAACUUCUGGACUUGGCAAACGCGUACUGCGAGACUCAGCUGAAAAGACGCUGCGUUCAGAUGAUCAAGCGAGGUAUUACCGUCGAAAACGCGGCUUUCCUUUACAGUACAGCAAUCGAGUACAACGCGCAGGAACUAGAAGAAUUUUGCUUCAAGUUCGCCCUUAACCACAUGACGGCUGUGAUACAAACUCAGAAUUUCUCCAAUCUCGACGAAACUACCUUGAAAACUUUUAUACGCAAAGCUGCUCAAGCGGGAGCCUUCAAAACUUAAACGAAGGAACGAUAAUACAAAGUGGCUGUGCAUUCCGUUAGACAGCGGCUGCUGCAAACUUUAUCUUUCAAACCUAAUCAAGUUGUAGAUGAAAACGUUCUGCGUCAGAAAAUUUACUUUAGCAAUGAUUCUAGCAUUAUAGACAUCCGCGCAAAUCUUUCCUUGAGUGCGUUGUCUGAGCAAAAGAAUCCUGGAUAUGAAUUAUUGCCAUUUGAUUAUGGGUAAUGAUAUUUUUUAUACAAUGUAUGUAGAUAGGUAAGCCUACAGAGUCUUUGUUCGUUGCUGAACACGAGUGCGACAGACACAGCUAUUUUACCUAGUGCCCGCAUAAGCGGCACUCUCAUUGUAGCAUUGGCAUUCAGCACCCAAUAAAUAACUCCGCGUAAAAUAAUGAUUUUUUUAUAUCUUAGCGAUUAGCAUAAGAAUGAUGUUUUGGAGUAUUGCAUCGACCGUCAUUCCAAACAUUCCUUAUAUCAAGCAUUUGCGAUAUUGAUUAGAAAAAAAGUAAGUAAACACCCUGUGCAAUACCCUUGGUAUUUGUUAAAUUAUUAGCAUACAACUACGUUCAUCAGAUCUAAGUUUUUAUACUGCAUUGUGCUUUAUGUAUUAUAUAUAAUUGUCUUAUGUAAAUAUUUAUACAUACAGUAUAUGUGUGUAAAUAUUUGUACCAAU